UAGUUUCACUUGGAAAAAUCUCAUUGGAGCCACCCAGCGGAUAAAAAAGCGGAGUACCAGUGCCUUCGGCCAUGGCGCUUCUUCUUCUCCGACUCCCUUCCCCUCUCCAACCUCAUGUCUCUCCUCCACUCUCAAAACCCUCUCAAACCCAAACCCUCUUCCCCUUUACCGUCCCUCAGAUUCCCAGCACUCGAAGCAGCACGGGAGGAAUCUUUUUCCUCCAGCGACCUUUCUCUCCUAUCGCGGCUCUUAGCACCACCAGCUCGGCCACAGAAACAGCGGCAGCAGAGGAGUCGACAGAGAUUCCAGGAGAGGUUCGGAAGCGGCUGAUUGCGCAGAAUAUACCUUGGACUUGCACUGCCGAGGACAUCAGAAAGCUCUUCGAGCAGCACGGAACCGUGAUUGAUGUCGAGCUCUCAAUGUAUAAUCGCACCAGAAACAGAGGAUUGGCAUUUGUCACAAUGGCUUCGGAGGAAGAAGCUGUUGCAGCCCUCAACAAUCUCAAUUCAUACGAAUUGGAUGGUCGAGUGAUUAAGGUGGAAUUUGCCAGAUCAUUGAAAAAGGAUUCUUCAGCGGCAACGAUUCCUGUGCCCAAAUUCAAUGUUUUUGUGGGGAAUUUAUCUUGGAGGGUAAGGUCUCGUGAUCUUCGAGAACUCUUUAAUGCCAGUGGGAAUGUUUUAUCUGCUGAAGUGAUCUUCCAGAGCAAUCCAAGAAGAUCAGCAGGCUAUGGAUUUGUCUCCUUUGCUUCAAAAGAAGAAGCAGAGGCUGCAAUAGCUACGUACAAUGGGAAGAAAUUGAUGGGAAGGCCAGUAAAUUUGGCAUUUGGUACCAUUCAAACUGACAGUGCUGAAGCUAAAUUGUCAAGGAAUGAGCAAUUAGAUGACACAUCAAAUGCAGCAAAUGGCAGGAGAGAGCAAUCAAACGAAGAUGGUGAAAUGUGAGGAAAAUAUGAGGAGCUCACAUUGCAAGGUAGUCUCCAUGCAGCUGGAAGAAAGAAAGAGGCCACAAGUGGUUGUUGCAAGGUAGAAAGAAGCACCUCCAGAUGCUGCCAAAUCGGGGGAUGAAGAGGCAUGACAGCAAGCUUGCAACUGUAGCAAGAUCAACAGAUAGCCAAAGACAAGUGGAUGACUACCAAUCAGUUAUUUUUUGUUGACUGUAUUCAGAAAUUUAUACAUGAAAUUAUGUACCAAAGAAGAAGUAUUGUCAUAAAAGAAUAAUGCAUCCUCAUGAUUUUGUUUUCAUAACCUUAAGGAUUUUGUUUGCUAAAUCCGCCCAGCCUCGGGUGAUCUUGAGAAGAUCAGGUGGAUAUGAUCAAGUUUAUCAUCAUAAUAUUUUAUUCA